ACCACGCACUGCAGCGCGCGACAACGACGACGGGGCAUUGACACCAGGAGCACCGGCAGCGGGACAACAACACUGGAACGCUUCUUCCUGAAUACCGUUUGGGAUGGCGGUGAAUGUGUACGCCACGUCGGUGUCCAUCGACAACCUCAGCCGACAUGACAUGCUGGCGUGGGUCAACGACUCUCUGCACCUCACCUACACCAAGAUCGAACAGCUGUGCUCAGGAGCGACGUAUUGCCAGUUCAUGGACAUGUUGUUUCCGGGUUGCAUCCUUCUCAAGAAAGUCAAAUUUCAAGCCAAGCUGGAGCACGAGUCCAUACACAACUUCAAACUUCUACAGGCGGCUUUUAAAAGGAUGGGCAUCGACAAAAUAAUUCCUGUGGAGAAGCUCGUAAAGGGCAAGUUCCAGGACAACUUUGAGUUCGUGCAGUGGUUCAAGAAGUUCUUCGACGCCAACUACGACGGGAAGGAGUACGACCCGCUGCUGUCCAGACAGGGGCAGGACGUGGCCCCCGCCCCCAACCCAGGACCACAGAGGACAUCUCCAACGGUUCCCAAAAUCAUGCCGACACCACAGCGGGUCCAACACACCAUUCCGGCCAUGAGGAAGAAUCCAUCUUUGUCCAGAAACGGGGGCAGCGAUGCGGAGAUCAUGGAGCUAAAUCAACAGUUGAUGGAGUUGAAGUUGACCGUGGACGGCCUGGAGAAGGAGAGAGACUUCUACUUCAGCAAACUACGCGACAUCGAGCUGAUCUGCCAGGAGCACGAGAGUGAGAACAGCUCCGUCCUCAGCAGCAUCAUCAACAUCCUGUACGCGACGGAGGACGGCUUUGCACCUCCGGAGGACGAGGAGCUUGAAGAGCCAGCUCACCUGGACCAGGAAGAAUACUGAGCCCCCCCCCUCAAGAUCUUCAUCCUUCCUUUUCUUUUUGCCCUCAUAUAUUUUAUACUCUUCUCUGCACGCUCUCUAUAAAUACUCUCCAUUACCCCUCCCUCCCUCGCUCUUUUCUUUUCUCAUAUCUGUUCGUAAGCCCCUCCCCCUCCCCACCCGCCCUCCGGCUGCCUCUGCACACGUUACACAACUAGUCUGCUUCAUCCUCCGCUCCCCACACACACACACAAACACACACACACACACACUUAGGCAUAGAGUGAAUUUUAAGUCUGUAAAUAUUGCCGACGUCGUGAUUUUUCCGAGAGAACAACGUCUUCGCUCGUGAUGUAUUUUAUUUAUUCGAUUAACUUUUUGGUCCCAUCGGGGCACUACUGUAACAAAAAAAAAGUGAUAACGAUUUCUUAUUUAUUUAACUUAUUGCUUAAUUUAGAUUAACUUCCUUCUGUAGCAACACAUCGGUGCGAACGCCGACUGUACAUGAACUGAAAGCUUCUUCUUUUUUUUUUUAUCGAGUCAGCAUCAAGCUUUUUUAUAUUUUUUCGAGGCGUUCAAUCAGAUCUGUGAUCGUUCAUCGGUGACCAGCAACAUAUCUGAGCAUGAGAAUGUUAAACAUGGACUGUGAAUGAGUGAUAUUUUGUAUAUGUGUACUUUGAGAGACGUCGCACGAUCCCCGGGUUUAAUUGGCGAUAUAUCUUUUAGGCCGACAUGCAGACGUUUUUAAAUUUCGGAGGCGGACUGACGACGUGGUUAGAGAUGGUAGCAGUAACAAUGUUGUAUUCUAAAAAAAUAUUAAAAAGGGAGCCUGGCACUGAGUUAACACAGGUCACACCACAGAGUUUGUUAUGUGGUUUUUUUUUCCUGCGUACAUGUGUUUAGACUUUUUUUAUUUAGCUGUUAAAGGUUGCCCAGGGUAUAUGAGUUAUAGUUAGGAAGAAGGUCAGUAUAAAUAAAUCUAUUAUUACUAUUUGACUUGUCAUCAUAAGCAUUCAGUUAAACUUAAGGAGUCUCCUUGGUCUUCUGCAGCGUUUUUUUUAUUGUAAUUUUUUUACUGGCUGUAAUCUGCUCUGGAACUUGCAUCCAUUGACCACGUAAACAUCUACUGAACGCUCAUCUUUUGAGUUUUGAAUAAAUAAACAGUUGUGAAAUAAA